GGGUCCCAGCCCCCUCACGCCGCCCGGGCGUGAAUGGCGCCGCCCCGGCCCGUCCUGCACCGCGGCGCCAUCAUGGCGGCGCCCAGCGAGGGCCGUGCGGGUCGGGGCUACGAGCCCUUCUCGGGCACCGACAGCGGCUCCUUCUCCUUCGCCGUCCCGCAGGGUGAGACGGAAGAGACACCCAAGAAGCCAUGCCGAGCCUGCAUGGAUUUCAAGAGCUGGUUCAGCCACCAGAGGAAGCAGAUGGGUCCGGGCACCGCGGAGGCGAAAGAGCCCCCUCGGGACUGUCCCCUGGACAUCGAGCAGCUGGGCCGCAGCACCUGGGCCUUCCUGCACACCAUGGCUGCCUACUACCCUGACCGGCCCACCGGGACACAGCAGAAGGAGAUGAGGGACUUCAUCAACCUCUUCUCCAAGUUCUACCCCUGCAAGCACUGCGCAGAGGACCUGAGAGAGAGAUUACGGACGAACCAACCCGACACGAGCACCAGGAGAAACUUCUCCCGGUGGCUGUGUCUGCUCCACAACGAGGUGAACAGGAAGCUGGGCAAGUCGGAAUUCGACUGCUCCCGUGUGGAUGAGCGCUGGAGGGAUGGCUGGAAGGAUGGCAGCUGUGAUUAACCCGCAGGGACUGCUCUGGGAAUCCAGCAGAGCAGUGCAGUCCCUGCGGGGUUGCUGCAGGGACAGAGGGAGUCAAUAACUCUGUUUGUGUGGGACUGAUUCAGAGCUGAUCCAAUGCCAAAAGGAGAAUUGAAAAUCCUAGCCCAAUGAUAUUUUGAUAAGUAAUGGUACCUGAGGGGUUGAGGCUGCCAGAAACCUCUGAGAUUGGGUCAAUCUGACAAACUCAUUUCAUGAUGACAUUUCCUGAUUUUGGGGGCAUUUGCUUAUUUCUGUGGCUAGAGUUAAUUUUCCCUGAAUGCAGUGAUCUUCUCCAAGGCAUUGCCUGAUGUUUUAGAAAAUACAUCUGAUUAAUUGUCACUUUCAUUUCUGUUGUUCUAAUAGAGAAAACUCAUGCUGGGUUUUGUGCCAAGUCUGUACCCCUGGAUUUCUCUUUCUAGCAUCUCCAACAUUUGUUGUUACUCUUUUGUCCAGUUCCUUUGGUAAAAGUCUUGAGGGCAGGUACAUUUAAUUUAAACACUAAAACAUGGAGCCCAGAUUUCUCAAUUUGGUUUUGUAUUUCAACUUAACAUGUCAGAGGACACAACAGAGUCAAAAUCAUUUCAAGUUCUUCACGUAGGUGAUGAUCUCAUCCCUUCCUGCACUCCUGCCUGGGAGAGGUUUGCACAAACCCUGACAGCAACAGGUUUUUUUCCUUCCCUGCUUCCUGCUGAGGUUUUCUUGUCUGUUUUAUUGAGCUUCCUUAUCUCAUGCCCUACAGCACACCUGUGAAUUUAGCCUUGGAGUUUUUGGCAAGUUUUGACUGGAAAGAUUCAUGGUGCUGCUGAAACUAGAGCAGACUCACCUCUUAUCUGAACCUUUGGUCCUCACACCACUGUGUGGGCUCCUGAGUGAUUAGAGAACCAGGAACACCUUUGGAUACACAUUUUAGUAUUUUGUGGCACAGUGAAGGCCUUUCAAGUCAGAUCUGUUAAAUUAAUGUGAGACUUUUAUGGACUAAUGAUUUCUGAACUUUCCGUGUCGUAACAUUUCUAAACACAAACCCAAACGAACUGAUAACGAGACACUGCAUGAAGAGUGUGAUUGAAGGUGUCACUCAGGCUGUUAAAAGUGCUCAGAAAAUUUCCCUGCCAGCAUGUUGAGGUUCUUAGAACAAAUAAACCCCAGCUCUUGGGUUUUGUGUUUGGUAAUAAACUCAGCCCCCACAAAAAAAGCUCAUUGGGAUCCACUAGAGGGGAAAGGACCAACAAAAGGGCAGGCCUCCGUUUUUGCAGGUAGGACCCAUCUGACUCAGUUCUGUCAGGACACUUUUAGCAGAGGGAGGUGUGGGCAGGCAUCUCCCUGUGGGUUUGGUUGUGCUGAAGCAGGAAUUCUGUGUUCCUCCUUUCCAAUCUGCCCUCCACUGGUGUGUGUGACGGUGUCCUCGCCCACGGAGCAGAUGAUGAGAUUUCUCCCUCGUUUGUUUCAGUGUAAACGAGCAGGUUGGUGAAACACCUGCCCAUCCUUUGUCACCUCCAUCUGCCAGGGGCCUGGGGAGGUGCAUUGCCCUGGGCCAGCAGGGACACGGAGCCCCCCAGCACUCCUGUCCACUCCUGAGUGCUGAGGGGAAAGGGAGGGUGUACCCAACACAUUCUGGUCACUUUGUGUCCUUCAGGGAGGUGGUGCUGCAGUGCAGGAGGAAAAGCCUCUCCUGUCCUGGCAGAGCUUGGGAACAGCCUUCAAGCUGACUCUGUGUCUUUAGCAAAUCCUGCCCAAAAAUGAGGCCACCAGCUGUAGCCAGGAUGCUUUUAGGGCAGUUUCUAUCUUUACCAAGUGGCCAUUUGAUGAAAUCUCUGCUUGCACUUUGUUCUCUCAUUGUUUUGGCUUGGCAGAAGAGCUCUGAUGUAGUUGUUUCUCAGGCAUAUCCUCACCUCUGUGGACUUGACCAUGUGAGGAUUGGGGGAAUUUGUUCUGCUGCUUGUUUGUACCACAAGUUUUAGUCUUGGGUAAGGAAUUUCCUUUGGAGGUCCUCAUACUUGUGUACAGAAAAUUGUGACUUCUUUACUAAUUGCUCUUGAUUAAAUCUAGUUUUAAAACAUCUCUGUGUUCAAAUUGUAUUUCCUGUUGAUGUAAAAAUAAUAAAGCAACUGAGUUCA